GUCCCACCACUAUUGGCGAGUCCAUUCCUGACAUCUAUACUGCACUUAGAGGCGUUUCUUCUCUUCUUCAUUUCUCAACCAGGGUGCCUAGGCACCCUGGGGUGCCUUGAGGUUUCUUCAGGGGUGCCUUGGCAAAAUGUCUAAAAAUUGCCCAAUACUUGUAUAUAAGCCAGUGGGUGGAACAAGUCUGCCUUAAGUUAUACAUAGCCACAGGUUUUCAUUGUGCACCAUUAUGACCUUCUAGCCGCCGGCGUCCUGACAACCAAUGAUAUCAUUAGUUUA